AUGCCCAUUGAAAUACGAUGUUAUCGAGAUAUCAUUUGGCAAUUUAUAAAUCGUCCUAACCCACAACCAAAAAAUUGUAUGCAUGAAUGGUUAAACGUUUCUUCUCAUGGAAGUAAAUUAGAGUCGUUUUAUACCGGUCUCAGUAAUCACAAAGUUAAAUUAGUAUCUUCUACUAAGUCUAUUAGUCAAACUCACUAUUCCACUCCACCAUCAAUUGCAUUCACGCCUACCGAAGGCUUUCUAUUUGAAAAUAGUCUGAAGAUUCAAAUCUCACCUACCAAACCAAUUGAUUUCGAAGAUGAAGUUCGUAUAUUGACUCCUCAGCUUGAUCAUCCAGAUUAUAAACAGUUACAGUUUACUAUAAACACUACACAGUUCGUUCAAAAUGACGUCAUUGCUCAACUAUGUAGUUAUUCAUCACGUUUGAAACCUUCACAGAUUGUAGAAUUCGGCUCGUUUCGUUCCGGUCAUCGCUUACAAUGGUGGAAUCUUUUAACAAUUCUUGAGAUGGACUCAUUAUCUUUCGCUGAAGAGAGUGUAGCAAUACUGAUUAUACAUUCGAUAUUACAAUAUGGUCCGUUAAUAUCAGAUUCAAAUAUAUUGUCUGAUUCGUGGUGUCCAGAAUCACAUCAACAAUUAUUGGAAGAUCAUUUUGUCGAUGAGUUAAUCUCAAGAUUGAAUCGUCAUUUAGAUGACUGUGCAUUAAAUUGGCAGAAUGAAUUAGUAUUAGUCGUCAUUACAAUGAUUACGAUGAGAGUGUUAAGCAUUUGUAAUACAACAAGGAAAAAUAAAGCUGCUAAUUUAGCAAUAAAAUGUCGUAAAAUUGCUGAAAAAUGGAUUAACUUCAUUACAAGAAGUAUUCAAACUAUAUCACCAUCAGCUUUGGACGAAGUGGAAAAUCUUCGUCUUAAAAUGGUAACUGUUGGCAUUUCUUGCAUUUUGACAUUUUCAACUAACCAACAAAGAAUCAAUUUUUUAUUGUCGUCGAAUGAAGAUAUUGUAUCCUUAUUAAAAGCAGCGACUACUGUUCAUGAUAAUAUAAUAUUAACCAAGAAUUGGGCCAAUAUGAGUAUUUUUAUAAGAAAUAUAAUGAGAUUUAGUGAACGGGUCUUAGUAAUGAUACAACCAACAGUUGCCAAAUUUCUACAGAAAACAUUCUAUCAAGGUUUGAAUGAAUUUACAGUGAUCUAUUGGGCAGUCACUAAAAGAAAAGGUAGCAUGAAUGGACAGUGGACAAAGCGAACAGAAAAUCCAUAUGAUGGUUGGUACGAUUGUCAAUAUGAUUCGAGAGUUAUAUCAAUUGAUUUUAUAAGAGGAACUUUUUUGAUCGAUAAUAUGACUAUAGGCUUUUUACCUGACAAAAUCAUCUUUCAUGAAUCAUUUGUUCGUGUAUUUGAUGCUCAUAUCUUUGAAGUUCAAGCGGCUGAUUCACCUAAUACUUACAUUACUAAACAUUCGUAUCAUGGUACUGGACUCGUUCAAUACGAUUUUCAUUUCAAUGAUCGAAAUAAUCACUUAAUUAUUAAAGAACGGUACAUGCAGACAAAUGAUAUCUUUCAAUUGAUUCCUCAUAGUUUUUUCGAGAAUGAACUACCAGAUAUGUUUGUCUCCAAUCACAGCCAUUGGUGGAAUACAAAAAAUCAAACAAUCGAGUUUCGUCCCGUUCAUUUUAAAGAUAUCAAUUUUUUAACUAAUAAAUCUUAUAUAUUGUCCAUGAGGACAGGAUAUGUUACUACAACUGAACGAGUUAAUACACAAAUUUUGAUUAAUCAAUCAUCAACAUUCUUUCAAAGCUUAUUUAAUCGAUACUUUAUUCGUCUAGAUGAUAAACCUUAUAUAUAUAUGAUGAGAGAUAAUAUUGAUCAGACAAAUUGUAUCAUUCAUAUUCAUUUAUCACGUUUAGGCAUUGCUUUUCAAUACGAUCCUAGAACAAAUAUAAUUAUGUCUCGUGAAUAUUCAGAUAUGUGUGUUGAUGAACAUCAAUUGUUCGGAACUUUAACAAGUUUGACAUCUGGUCUUCUCCUAUCACCAUUAGCUGUCAACAACAACCAUAAAAUGGAACGCUAUCCGUAUCGAAAAUUGAUCGUACCUUUUGGAGAAUUACGUAGUGAAAAGACAUCCGACAUCAAUCAGCAAGCUGUUAUUAUACAGCGAUCAUCGUCAGUAUCUUUUCUUCACCAAUAUUUUGUUUUUAUUCUAAAUGAUCGAUUAAAAAUUUUACAAUCGACUGAUAGUCCUACUGGUUGGCUUUAUUUAGCAUUGUUACAUGCAAUGACAUCCCAUCCUUUACCAGAUCAGUAUACUGGAAUGACUGGAAUGGAACGCGCUUUUCAAUUGUUAAAUUCAGCUGGUUGUUGGUCAGAUCAACCCUUUGAUUCUCUUUCUCUAAAUAUAUUGAGUCAAAUUGCUGCCAUAUCGCCAAAAGUAGAUUACUAUCCAGAACAUCUGACUAGUAUGGAAAAAAUAGAUUGGAAUAAUAAUGUAUCUAAUGAACAAUUAUUCGAAAUAGGUUUGAUCUCACGAAUCACUCCAACAAUCCUCAUCGCUUUCUUACAACAAAAUAUAGCAAAAUUUCCUUUGAAUAACGAUCAACUUACAUUACUAGGUGGUAUUCUUGUCUGUUGGACGUUAGAACAGCAGCUAGAAAGAGCGUUGCAUUAUGCCAUUCAUGACAAAUUGGAAGAUUUUACAAAAGAAAUAUCAAAUACACCACAUUCAAACUGGAAACCAUCUGAACAUGUCCCUUGGCUAAUCUUAGAACUGGAAAUGAACAUAACCAUUCGAGAAAUCCAAAUAAACGUAGCACGUCAUAUGAUGCAAACAGGUAUGGCAACAAAUAAGACUAAAGUAAAAAAUUUGGUACUGCAAAUGAAUAUGGGAGAAGGUAAAACGUCUGUUAUUUUACCAAUGUUAGCUGCUAGUUUAGCUUCAUCUGAUUCCAGUUUAGUUCGUAUAGUAGUUCUUAAAUCCUUAUUCCCAACAAAUUAUCAAUCAUUACGAUGUAAAUUAGGUGGUUUACUGAAUAGACGCAUAUUUUCCUUUUUAUGUCGUCGUGACAUGAAUUUUAAUGAGAAACAAAUUAAUCAUAUUUUUAAUCGUCUCAAGCAAGGUUUACAUAAUUGUGAUGUCAUAUUAACUUCACCAGAAGAUAUAUUAUCCUUCGAUUUGCUUACUAUAGACAAGUGCCGUCGAAAUGAAUUUGAUGUUGGUCGUUCUAUGUUGACAGUUCAACGAUGGUUAAAAUUAUUUGCUCGUGAUGUAUUAGAUGAAUCUGAUGAAAUUCUACAUGUUAAAUAUCAACUGGUUUAUACUGUAGGUAGUCAACAAAACGUUGAUGGAGGUGCAGAACGUUGGAAUAUCAUUCAGACAGUACUUUAUUUGGUCAAAAAACACGCUCUAUCUAUUUCAAAAUGUGUCAGUGAAGAAGUUUGCUAUAAAUCUCCUCCACGAAAAAGUGCUUUUCCAGAAUUUCGUUUGCAAUCACAUCAGCCAUUUUUACUGUUAUGUGAAAUUGUAGCUAAUGAUUGGCUUAAUCAAAAAUCUUAUCGACAUGAAGAUAAAAAAAUUAUCUUAUCAUUCAUUUUAGCAACAAAUUCAUCCAUUGAACAACUAGAUAAUAAAUUUUCACAGCAUGAUAUUCAACAAUUUCUUAUCAUUCGUGGUUUGCU